ACCCACAAGUAGAGAGAGAGAGAGAGAGAUUCAUAAAAUCCUCUGGCUAUCAGCCCAUGUUAAGUAGUAUUUGAGCCAUAACCAAGGUACCAUUGCUGUUGUGUCUCCUCUUGAUCUCAUUUUCAUCACUAUAUUUUGCUUCUUUGAGCUACUUGAAUUUUUACUCCAAAGCUAAGGAAGGUGAGAUGUUAGCGAUGAUGGCAGGAGAAGCUAUCUCAAAUGGUUUCACACAGAAGUCAACUGCUGCAGGAUCCAAUCCUCCUCUAACUAAGAAAAAGAGAAAUCUGCCAGGAACCCCAGAUCCUGAAGCUGAGGUCAUAGCCCUGUCGCCAAAGACUCUAAUGGCUACUAACAGAUUCUUGUGUGAGAUAUGUGGGAAGGGUUUCCAAAGAGAUCAAAAUCUUCAACUUCAUCGGAGGGGACAUAACCUUCCAUGGAAGCUCAGGCAGAGGACUAGCAAAGAACCAAGGAAGAGAGUCUAUGUAUGCCCAGAAAAGAGCUGUGUUCAUCACCAUCCUUCGCGGGCUCUCGGAGAUCUCACUGGUAUAAAGAAACACUUCUGUAGAAAACAUGGAGAGAAGAAGUGGAAAUGUGAAAAGUGCUCCAAGCGGUAUGCUGUGCAGUCAGAUUGGAAAGCACAUUCAAAAACCUGUGGCACUAGAGAGUACAGAUGUGAUUGCGGGACUUUAUUUUCGCGGCGAGAUAGCUUCAUCACUCACAGGGCCUUCUGCGAUGCAUUAGCAGAAGAAACAGCUAGAGUUACUGCAGCAUCAAAUAUUGUCAAUGCAACCUCAGGAGGAAACUUCAAUCAUCAUCUUAUGGGGACUUCAUUAGGACCCAGCAUGGUACAACAUUUCUCUUCUAUUUUCAAGCCACUUCCAAGCAAUGAAGAAGCAAUUAAUAAUCACUCUAGGCCAGGUCUUUCUUUGUGGAUGGGCCAAGGAUCUCAAGCUACCAAAGCAUUAAGCCAAAAUCUCCCUGAAUUACAUCACAUGGGUUCUGAUCCUUUCAAUCCUUUUACUUCAUAUCCAAAUCCUCCACAAUCAGAGUAUCAAUUAAACUGGGAUUAUGGAAUUAAGCUCUCAUCUGCUACCAAUGCCAGGGAUCUGACUAGCACAUCACUACCAUUAAGCAACAUUAAGGAAGUUGGUAGUACUCCUGGACUUGUUAGUGCUCCAUCACUUUACAGUAAUCAGCACCAACAUCAUCAACUAUCUACAGCAAACAUGUCUGCGACAGCUUUGCUACAAAAAGCUGCCCAAAUAGGUUCAACUUCAAGUGACCCAACCUUUUUUGGGAAUUUUGAAGUCGACUGCAGCAACAUUCAAGUAGAAGAUGAAAACAAAUACAAUGGAUUGUUUGGUCUAAACCCGACACCGAAUGAGAAGCGAAAUCAUCAUCAUUUAGAUAGUUCGAACAGUUUAUCCAGUUUGAACCAGUUGCAGAUGCAUCCCAGGAAACGUGCUAAUUGCCAGAAGGAUGAUACAGGAGGGGAAACUAGGGAUUUUCUAGGAGUUGGUGUUCAAACCCUUUGCCCAUCAUCAAUUAAUGGUUGGAUCUGAAUACAAGAUGGUUUCAUGAAUUGUAUGAGAAAAGCAUAGUUGAUGAUAAAGUGGGGUUGAAAGGGUGAAGUGGAGGAAGAUUAUAUAAUUGGAACUUUUCUUUGGUGGGGGAGGGGAGGGAGGUGGUAUGGGUGCUUGAUGGGGGCUAAAACAAAUGCUUGGAAGCAUCCUCAAUGGUGUUGAAGGAGAUUCAUGCAUAUUCAGUUGGAUCCUGAAAGCUGCUUUCUUUAAAACUGGUCACUUUUGUUAAGAGAAAAAGAGGGUUAGUGGGGGCAAAGCAAUGAGCCUCUUUUGAACUCAAUUAUUGCCUUGUUUCAUGUUCUCAUGGUUGUAGUCUUUUCAAAUCUAGGCUUAUAAGAGUAUUUGAGCGUUUAAAAAGUGGAUUCAGGUUCAUAGGUUUAGGUAAAAAUCAAUGUAGCCUUUUCAUUUACACAGCCAUGCAUGCAUCUUUUGUAUAUAGGACAAGGAAAGGGCAUUAUGUGUUAAUGUAAUGUAAAGAUGAAGCUUGGGGAUAGAAACA